AUGACUGUAACUCCCGAAGCUGGCGUUCGUUCAGAUCUGUCGCAACAACCUGCAGUUGCCGAAUAUCGCGACGAGGAACAUGGGGAGUCUGUUGGCGAUAUUACUAUUGGCGAAUUUGGAUACAAAUACCGCAUCCACGAUGGCAGAGUGAUGCCACCUUUUAUCGGGGCAGAGCGGUACAAGAUGACACGGAGCCUACCUAUGAAAAGCACAGAUAUUUGCUUCGUCUCAUGGCCAAGAUCUGGUUCAACCUGGCUGUCAUACAUAAUUGUUUUGUUGACUGGCGUCGAAGGCGAAACGCUGCGAGACUCUUUCCACUGGCCGGAAAGUGGUUGGCUCUACGAACGAGACGAGGCCGCUCUCCGGGAUGCUAAAGACCCCCGCAUCUUCGCAUCUCACAUGCCAUUUGAUAUGGCCCUGGGUGGCAACCCGACAAAAACUCCUGCCAGAUACAUCUACAUUUCUCGGAACCCGAAGGAUGUUUGCACUUCGUGCUACUAUUUUGACCGAGAGAAGAGUUGGAGUGGCUGGUACUCUGGAAGCUGGAAGCAUUGGCUGAACAUGUUUAUUGAGGGUCAAUGUCAUCGAGGUGACUGGUUCGACCAUGUUCUAAGCUGGUGGGAACAAAGAGACGCCAAGAACGUUCUGUUUCUGAAGUACGAAGAUCUCCUCACCGACCCCAAAUCCAAAAUCCGUGAGAUUUCUCAGUUCCUUGGUCUCGAUCACGACGAUGCGGCGUUGGAGAUCAUCACAAAGAAAGCCAGCUUCGGGCUGAUGAAGAAAAGCAAAUUUACAGGCAUGGGCGAUAUCAAAGAAGCAGGAGAUUUCUACCGCAAAGGACGAAUCGGAUCAUGGAAAGAUCAGUUCACUGUGGCUCAGAAUGAUGCCUUUGACAAGUUAUAUAGGAGUCGAAUGGCCGGGAGUGGACUGGACUUUGACUUUGAAUGA